UAUAGCCAGGUCGUAAUGGCGGUUGCUUACACCGUAAAUAUGUUUUAAAACACUGUUCGUCGAAUUAUUGUUUGUAAAAUACGAUUAGAGGGAGUGAAAAAAAUAUUGGUGUUUCUUUAAUUAUCUACCAGAGCAUCAUUAAGAUUGUUAUUUAAAUAUGGUCGUGAGGAAAACAAGAAAAUUAAAUAAACAUGUGCAUACUAUGUAAACAACUUUGUUUAGAGCACAAAGACCAUAUAACAACUGAAAAGCAGCACAAAAUGCCAGCAAUAAGAAAACAAGUACCAGGAAAAAUUAAACCAAAAUGACAUCUCCUUGUUCAUCGAACGAAAAACGUAACUUUCAAUGCGUAACAUUGGCCAGUGUUGAUUUUAUAAAACUUCCUCUUAUAGACAUUUUGGACAGUCAAAUUAAGCCUGUGGACCUUUUCAAUAAAAUCAAAUUAUGUUCAACUUUGAAACUAAAUCAAGAGCAAUUAAAGACCUGUCGUAUUUCACCUCCAGAUUACAACUCAUUUGAUGUUACUUUGCUAUACACACUCAUCAGGAAUUUAUGUUCUUUACCGGAUCCAGCUCAAGGAUGGGGAAAGGCGCCAAAGGCCACUGACACACGAAUAAGUGAUGAUAUUGAACGUCUAAGAUUGUUUAGAAAUAAUUACUACGCUCAUGCAACGUCUGCAGAAAUUUCUGAGAACGAGUUUAAUGAUAUCUGGUCGAAUUUAAAGUUAGUAAUCAACAGAAUCCAGUCAUUUUACAAUAAAGAUUACGAAGAAGAGCUGAAAAAAAUAGAGCAAUCAAAAUUUGCUUAUUGCCAUUUAGAGAUAUGCAGGAUUAUUUUAGACGCCUAUAAACAGAUUCAUGCAGACGGUGAAGAUAGACCAGUUAUUACCAUACAUGGUGAAAAUGAAAUACUUUUCGGAGGCACGGCCCAAUUUGAAGCAGACGUAAAAAACGUUGAACUCUCAUCUUGGUCAGUUGCAUGGCAAAAACGCAGAGGAGACGACAUUAAAUGGAUUGACACAAGUUUAGAGAAGCACAAUGGUAGCACAAAGCGAAAGCUUGUCAUAAAUUCAUUAUCGAAGAAGGAUGAAGGUGAAUAUCAGGCAUUCCUCACACUUGAAUCAGAUGGGCCCGAUUAUAAAUCUAAAAAUACCAUUCGUCUACAUGUAAUUGGAGGCGUCCCUGGUGUUAGAAUAUUCGUGGAUUCACCAGUUUGUUUUGGAUCUGAAACAAUUAUAAAGUCUGAAGUUUCAUCAAUACCGACAGCUGAUAAAUUUGAAUGGCAGAAAAGCAAAGAUGGAAAUGAUUUCUAUUGCAUCGGAAAACAAGAAUAUUUUGGAAAUACUGACAACUUUACAUGCCCUUUUCUUAUAAUACCAAAAGCGACUUUUGCCGACAAACUAUAUUAUCGUCUUCUGGUUUGGAAUAGAAUUGGAAAAAGUUUCAGUAACACGAAUUUUCUAAACGUCACAGGAAGUCCUCCAAAUAUCACGACAAGUCUGGAAACAAACAUCAAAAACAGAUCAGUAAAAUUGAUUGGCAACGUGUUUAUCUAUGAUGAUUCACCUGGAAUUUUAGACACCUUUUGGACAAGAAAUGACAAAAAGAUCAAAUCUGAAGAAAGUGGCGGGAAACUAUUUGAAGUGUACAUUGACAGCCCAACACUUACUAUCAAGAAUGUAAGCUCUGAUGAUGCGGGUGAAUACCAACUUACCGCAACCAACGCUGUUGGAUCAAGUACCAGUGAUGUCAUCGUUCUAGGUACCCCUUGUGUAUUUGUGGAAAACAUUGAAGAUGGAAAUAAUGGGGGUCAGAGGAUUUCUGUGACAAUCAAAUCAUUACCUGUUCCUUAUCAUGUACAAUGGAUCGCAAAAAGUAAAGAUGACAACAGCUGCACACCGAUAGAUAUAUAUACUGAAGAAUACAAAGGGUCAACGGUCUCUUUCCCUCAUCCAGUGCUAGUUGUGAGACAGAGAGGUCAACUCGAGAAAAAAUGUUUCCAAAUAGAAGUUACGAACUUCAUUGGAAAAACUGUGGAAGAAAUAUCCGGAAUUUCUCUUCACAAAAAAUAUGCAUUUUUGACAUUCAGCAAUGAUUUGGUAACCAAAUUUCCAGGUACAAAACAACAUCAUCUGAUAUAUUUAUUAAGAGCUUCUGAAAAAGUGACGGAUUUGAACGCCUUAGAUAAAGCAGAAUCUGUAGUGGAUUGCUUUUCCAUUCUCCAAAGGGAAAAGCUUUAUACUAGAAGAAAUGUUAUUUUCCUGCAGAUUCUUUUGAAAAUGACAGCAUGUGAUGAAUUAAAUGAAAUGUGCAUUAACUAUGCAUUGAAUCAGAAAGCGCUGUGUUAUUUUGACAACAGUAGCACACUUCCUGCCACUGGAUUCAAGGACGUGAAGUUUCAUGUGAAAGGAGACGUAGAUAAUUACUCUAGUAAAGAAAUCGAUGAUAUUUUAGAGGAACUUGCCGAAAUGCUCAAGUGUGAAAAAUGGGACAUCUUAGUGAAUGGUGUUUUACCGUCAAUGAGUUUUAUACUUGUUCUUUUAAUAAAGGAAGCUUUUACCAGGAGAUUAAAUGCGCUGGAUGACCAAGACUGUAAAAAACUCGGAAGACUUAACAUCGACUAUUUGAUUGUUGACGAUAAACUUUUUCUUUUGGAUUCUUCAAAAGGCACUGUUGAGAAGAAAAUAUACAAAGAAAGAUGCGGAGAUGCCGGGGUCGAGUUUGCAAAGCUCUGUAAUCAUUUAGCACAGAGGUUUCCUCAAGAAAAAUUACCAAAGCUUAAAGAUUUUAUAUCUGCUUCUGGAAAACUUGAGAACAAAAUGUUCUUUAUGACAGCAAAGUCUGCGAUAGAAUGCUUUAGUUUUCUUUUGAAUGAAAAACUGUUCAGCAAAAAUGACAUUGUUUUGAUACUGUCUCUGUGCAAAGAGACAGAAUGUAAUGAAUUGUACAGAAAAUGCAGAGAAUACGCAAUAGCACAUGUACAGGAGACGUCAAGUACUCAAGAUAGCUGUCAAAAUGUCCAAGUGUUUAAAGCUCAUAUAUAUCCGGGGAUAUUAAAAAAAAUGUUCGUGCCACGCUCUGACGUUCUAAAAGAUGAUAUAUUUCCAUUAAAAAUAGAAGAAGCAUCAGUUCAAACAAGUGGAGAUAACAAUUUGCGAAAAUUUCGAGAAAAGCACAUUUCUUCAUCCAGACCUUCCUCCAUUUUGAAGAACAAAGCCACAUACCUAUCACAAAAAAUUAAAAAAGCAAAACAAGAUGACGCAGAGGAUUUUAUGCAAAAAAGAAUCCACCCAGUCACUUUUUUUGAAGGAAAUGAAUUCAAAAAUGUUGAAUUUUGUUUUCGAGGGAACUUAACAGAUAUCAGUGCAGAUCGACUUCAAGAAAUGCUGCAAGAAGCUAUUGCUGCUGUAGUGGAGGAUAACGCUAUAAUAAAACAAUCAAAACAGAAUUCCUUAACCAGUUUUAGCGUAGUUUUGUCUAUGAGGGAGGAGUGCAUUAAAAAACUCAUAGCUAUUGAACAACAGGACAGGGAAAAGCUGGGCAGACUAAACAUUGAAUAUUUUGUAGCUGGGUUUGUUACUGUUUAUAUCGAGUGUUCUACAGGAUACCAAAGAUGGAUACCAAGAGGCAACAUUCAGGAAAAUAUCUUAGAUGUCGAUAAUUAUGGGGAAAGUAGUACGGCUAGUCUCGUCAACAGACCAUUUACGGAAGGUAUGUCCCCUUUGAAACACCUAAAAAGUACCUGCAUGCAGAUGAAAUGUGUAACCAUACCUACAGAUUUUAUCUACCAUAUAUCUUGCAUGACAUCAGACAGUUUAUGGAUAAGUGGAUUUGAUGGACUUUUCGAGAUUAACGAAAAAGGCAUAAUAAUCAAGAAAAUUGAAACCGAUUUCACAUUUAAUGGAAGUCAUACCGUUACAAGGAAUGGAGAACUACUAUUUUUAAGGGCGUUUGAUGCUUAUUUGCUAACCACAAGUGGAGAAAUAAAAAACGUAUGCCUGGGAUCGCUCUCGCCGUCCUGCUUACACUCUUCUAGAAUUAACGACGAUAUUUUUGUUGGUUCAUUUAAUACCGUAACGAGACACAAUAAACAAGGAACACUACUCCAGAAAAUCGAGCUUGACGACAAAGGAAAUCUUCUUUACGGAAAGGUAAAUUACGUCACCGAACAUCAAAAUGGUGAUAUUGUAGUAUCUGACCAUGCCAGAAAAGCAGUCGUGUCGGUAGAUAAAUCUGGAAGGCAUCAGUUCGACUACAAAGGUAAUGCAUCUCAGGCUGCGUUUAUACCUUGUGGUGUGUGCUCCGACAUUAAUGGAAAAAUACUAGUCUGCAAUUCUUCUCCCGAUGACCUUAGCAUUCAUCUUCUUGAUCAGAGCGGACAGUAUCUAAUGCACUUACUGACAAAGCAACAAUACGGUUUCCUUAAACCUAGAGCUAUUUGUUUGGACGAAAUGCAUAAUAUAUAUGUGGGAGAUAGAAAGAAAAUACUUGUUGUCAAUUAUUAUAUGGCCAUGAUGAUAAAACAUAGAGAAAACAAAACAUGUAUUUAA